AUGAUUGUAGUAGGCGUCGAACAGUUUUUACCUCUUCAUCAUAUAUCAAUUUCGUUUUAUUGUGCUUUUGCAAUCGCUGUGAUUGUUGCGAAUGACACGUUUUGUGGCGAACUCAUUGUAUAUAAACAAAAAUGGUUCAAUGCAUCCAACGCGAGAACGAUUUAUUCAAAAAAAGCCAACGGCCUAAAGCACUGCCUCGAGAUUUGCUGUGGUAUUUCAAGUAAGCUUUUUUUCAAUUUUUGUUUAGCUAUUGUAUUUCUGGAAUCAUGGAAAUUAACAGCAACAUUCAAGUCGGCAUGCUCGAGUGCUAAGCAGAAGAUCGUUCAAGUCUUCUCAAGCUUGGCAGAUUUUUGUUUAUCACCUAUUCACCCACAGAUAACUGAGAUUUACUCCACUCAGCAACUCUGUACAAAUAAUCUCCUUUCCUUGCAUAAUUCAUUAAACCACUAUCGGUUUUCAAAUUAUCACUAA